AUGGUUGAAGCUCAAAAGAGCGCGAUGCCGUCGUCUCAAGAAAGUAAAGUAAUAAAAAACGCGGAGUCUGUCAAAGACCGCUACAAGAACUGCGCUUUGUUGUAUCUAAUACAGCAUAUUGACAUACACGGUACGUUAUCGUCGAGUUACAACGAGAACAGGCGUAGAUGCGCCGACAACAGCUCUGCUCUGGCGGUGACUUCCGUCACGUCCAGCUCCCCAAAGUUCUUGGACGACGCUGGGACAAAGGAAAGCGCCAAGUCCGCCAAAUGGGACAAGUUCACCGUUUCGACGAAGGUCUCUAGCCUGUACCCGGGUCACGAUAUUUUGUCGAAGAAGAGAAAACAGGCCGCGGCGACACGUGCGGCGGUU